CUGAUCCUGAAUUAAAAUAAAUAAAACACUGUAAAAUAUAAGACGCUUUCAUUUAAAAAAAAAAAACACACACAGUGACCCACCUUCCCUCCCCAAAGUGAUUUUUCAUCCGAUGACUUUAUGCACUUCAGAAGUCCCGUGAACUUCAUUUUACAUAAGAAGCGUGUCUAUAACCCUCUAGUCCUCUGAAAACACAAAUGGACAAACAAGUUACAUAAAAUAACUUUGUGAUUUCGUCACGGGGGACAGAAGGCGCGGCAGCGGACGGGCUGCUUCACCUUGGGUUCGUUGCCACGACAACCGGGGGGGAGCGAUGCAUCGGUGCUGAUGCUGCAGUGAUUGGGAUGCCCGCUCGAGAUCUAAAGUGACUCACCGACCCCGCGAGGCGGCGAGGAAGAUGAUGAGGAAGAUGACGAUGAGGAAGAUGGCACGUUAGCAUCUUUCCGUUAGCAUCUUUGUAGCCCUGAUACACGAGCCGGACGUUAAGGGACUGUUAAUGAGCUGUUGCCGCUGAACUGCUGCAGUGGGCAGGAGAGGUGCUGCCAGAGGACAGACGGACAGGAAGGAACAUUCCAACAGAUUGGAUGAACCUUACUUCCUGGUGGAGCCUGGGAAACAGCCAAUAGCAUGAAGCAGCUGCCGGGGGCAGAGUCUGGCCCUGCCGCCGAAAGCAAGGUGGAGAUGUGGGGCCAGUCUCUUGUCUACACCGUGGAGGAGCUGGAGUGUAAGAUCUGCUACAACCGCUACGACAGCCGCAGCCGUCGGCCCAAGCUACUGUCCUGCCUGCACAGGGUCUGCCUCAAGUGUCUGAAGAAGAUGGUGGACGUGGGGGAAUCGUCUCCUUCGAUGGUCAGCUGUCCGUUCUGUCGUCAUGAGACCUACAUCCCAGACGAGGAGGUGUGGCUGAUGGAGGACGACCGCCACGUCCUGGCCGUGCUGUCCUGCCACGACCAGCUGGGCCGCAGCGGGCUGCCCCCCGGGACCGAGGUGGUGCUGAGCCCCGACAGCCUGACUGGAGUGGAGGGAGCGGAGAGGGGCGGUGCGGCGGGCGAGGCGUCCUCCGACUGCCUGGUGCUGACCAUCAUGCAGCUGCCGGGCGAGUCGUCCGACUCCCUGAGCGUGAUCAACAUGCUGUACCCGUCCUCGCUGCCCUGCAGCGCCUCCACGCACAAGUGCCGCGCGUGGACGUCCCGGAGCCUCCCGCGCUGCCUGCUGGGGGCCCUCUGCCUGGUGUACUUCAGCUCCCUCCCCCUCGGGAUCUACCUGCUGAUGAUUGGUCAGCUGUGGCUGGGGGUGGUCCUGGUCAGCCUGGUUCCCUUCACCCUGCUGCUCUGCAUCCUCUACGGCUUCUGCCAGUGCCUCUGUCACGAGCUGCUGGAGACGCUGAGCCACCGCAACACCGCACCCUGACGCUGCCGCACCCCUGAACCCACCGUACCCUGACCCCACCCUACGGUACUCCACCCUACCCUGACGCUACCGCACCCUACCCCUAAACCCACCGUACCCUGACCCUACUGUACCCUAACCCUACCCUAACCCCAACCUAGCCUAACGCUACUGUACCCUAACCCCACCCUACCCUAACCCCACCCUACCCUAACCCCACCAUACCCUAACACAACCGUACCUUGCCAUACCCUACCGUACCGUACCCCUACCCUACUGUACCCUAACCCCAACCUACCCUAACGCUACUGUACCCUAACCCCACCCUACCCAUACCCUACCGUACCUUGCCAUACCCUACCGUACCCCAACCCUACUGUACCCCGCCCUACCCUACCCCGCUCUACCCUACCGUACCUUGCCAUACCCUACCGUACUCUACCGUACCCCGCCCUACCCUACUGUACCCCGCCCUACCAUACCCCGCUCUACCCUACCGUACCCCAACCCUACCACUUAUUGAAGACUAGUCACACAGCACCCCUCUCUCUGAGCCAUGGACAACAGCCCAGCCUUUCUAAGCUACAAUCACCAGCAAUUACUGACACAUAGCUUCACCUGGAGGAGACUGGAUAAGGACAUCACCACCGUGAAGAGGAUACGGGAUGAGGAUAUGGUUACUAUAGACACGAUGUGGUCCCACUUCAGUCCUUACACAUACGUUUCAACUGAACUUAUAGACAUCAGUCUUGGCAGCCAUAUGAAUGGUGUUAUUUAUCUUAAACUCUUCUGUGUAGUUCAUGUCUUAAAUGCAACCUCCUUGUAACUCUGGUCAUUUAUAGGCUAUCCAACAUCUUCAUUUAGAUAAACUGUCAGUCAAGAUCCUGUUACUAUGGUAACCACUGUUCCAAACUGUACGUAAUUCUUGUAACCCCUGUGUAACUAUGGCAACCUGUGAGUUCUAGAACACUGUGGUGUAACUAUGGCAACCUGUAGGUUCUGGAACACUGUGUUGUAACUAUAGCAACCUGUGAGUUCUAGAACACUGUGGGGUAACUAUGGAAACCUUUAAGUUCUAAAACACUGUGGAGUAACUAUAGCAACCUGUGGGUUCUAGAACACUGGUGUAGCUAUGUCAACCUGUGAGUUCCAGAACACUGUGGUAUAAAUAUGGUCGGCAUUGAGUUGUAGAACAUUGUGGUGUUACUAUGGUAACCAGUUUUUCCAGAUCUAAAUCGCACACAUGAAGAGGAUGCUCCACUUUUUCUGUAAAUCUGGUUUAUUAAACAGAGUUGACUCUGGGUGUGAAACUGGUUUCAGGUAAAAAAAGAUUGGACUCUGGUUGUGAAACUGGUUUCAUGUUAAUACAAAGUUGCAUCUGGUUUUGAACUUGCUUCAUGUUGAAACCGAGUUGACUCUGGAUGUCAAACUGGUUUCAGGUUAAAACAGAGUUGACUAGCUGUGAAACUGGUUUCAGGUUGAAACAGAGUUGAGUCUAGCUGUGAAACUGGUUUCAUUUUAAAACAGAAUUGACUCUGGAUUAGUAACUGGUCUCAUGUUAAACAGUGCUCUUCAGAGCGGCUUAUUUUUCCGAGCAUACACACGUUUCAUUUUAAGAAUUAUUUCUUUGUGUCACUUGAGCUGCCAUGCAACACUAACGUAGGACAGACAUGCUGCUUGGAAAGUGUAACGUCUGUGUGUCAGCGCCCAGUGUUUCAUCAGCUGUGCAGAUGACCACACCAUGGCAGUGUCCGCUUCUGUACAGUCAAUCAAUUACAAGACUUUUUGGAUUUUAACGGGGCCUGAAGUUGUUAGAUGUGGGGUCAUGUCUGUGUCAGUGAAUGUUUAUUUUUAUCUUUAAUAAAACACAAAACUAUGA